AUGUGGUAUCACAGCACCACCACAUCUACUACUGAUGAUCAGUCGACCUUCAGCUGGUAUCAGAGAGAACAACUUCGACGAAUCGUCAUUGGACAGGGAGUCGGUUCCGAGAAAGCCGACGAACUCGUAACCGGUUUGACCACUGAGAACCCCACGGCUCACCAAGGAUCAUCCUGGUGUCAACUAGUGGAGAUGAUGAGCGUAAUUGCGAGCAGGGAAGCGUAUGAAGACUCCAUCGGACAGGGAUUGGGCUACAAAGGUAAAGAUCCUCAAAGGUAG